AUGGGUAAAUUAAUAAAGAACCACUGGGCCCGCUUGAUCUGCUUGACAGCAGCAGCAUGUACAUCUCCCACUUCCGACCCUCCUCCCGCCAUCCUCCUCAUACUGACGCACUCUCAUGCAGACCAGAUCGCAGCCGCCCUCUGCGCCUUCUUCUGGCCCAAAUUCUUCUUCGACUUCUACACCAAAAACUUCGACGCCGCCGUCAAGCCCAUCCCCAUCCUGCAAACCGUCAACCUCGUCCUCGGCAUCAUCUCGCUGGCCUACGAAUGGCCGCUCAAAUAUUUGGCAGGAACCGCAUUACAUCGGAGCAUGGAGGCGAGAAUGCUGUGGUUGCCUCUGGUGAGCUUGAGUAGCGUGUUGCUGUACCAGGCGACGAAUCCGGCGGUGUAUUAUGCGAUUGGGUGCGGGGUGUAUUUUUGGGGGUAUACUGAGGGAGAGGUGAUAUGUGCGGUCCCGUGGACGCUGCCUAAACGAUCGGAACGAAGGGGUAGGGUGGAAAAGGCGUAG